UUAGCUGUCCCUGCACACCCCCAUGAGUGUGGUUUUUCCCUAACUGGACUCUCCAGUCUUUCUGGGGGAAGGACUUUUUGAAAGGAAUAAAUAGCUGCACAACACAUCAGGAACUCUAUUGAGUUUUGGGGCCAAGAGCACCGAAACCUUUCACUAGGGAAACCAGGAAACCACUACUAUGGCAGGGAAGCCCAAGCUUCACUACUUCAAUGCACGGGGAAGAAUGGAGUCUAUCCGGUGGCUCCUGGCUGCAGUUGGGGUAGAGUUUGAAGAGAAACAUAUGAAAACUCGAGAAGAUCUGGAAAAGUUAAGAAAAGAUGGGGUAUUGAUGUUCCAGCAAGUGCCCAUGGUUGAGAUUGAUGGGAUGAAGCUGGUGCAGACCAGAGCCAUUUUCAACUACAUUGCAAACAAACACAACCUGUAUGGGAAAGACAUAAAGGAGAGAGCCCUGAUUGAUAUGUAUACAGAAGGCAUAGUAGAUUUGAAUGAAUUGGUUCUUAUUCAUCCAUUCCUUCCACCGGGGGAACGAGAGGCAAGCCUUACUCAGAUCAAAGAUAAAGCAAAAAACCGUUAUUUUCCUGCCUUUGAAAAGGUGUUGAAGAGCCACGGACAAGACUACCUUGUUGGCAACAGGCUGAGCAAGGGUGACAUUCUCCUGGUUGAACUUCUCUACAACGUGGAAGAGCUCGACCCCAGUGCGAUCACCAGCUUCCCUCUGCUGCAGGCCCUGAAAACCAGAAUCAGCAACCUCCCCACUGUGAAGAAGUUUCUGCAGCCUGGCAGCCAGAGGAAGCCGCCUGUGGAUGACAAAUGCAGAGAAGAAGCAAAAAACAUUUUCCAUUAAGUAAAGAAGGCAAAGAUACCAAGCACAAGCAAGACCAGCCUCUAACCCCCUGCAACGAUGAAGUACUUUAAAUAAAUAGUGAUCCUGAUUGUCAUAAGGCAUAUUUCGUUUUCUAAGUAUUGUGUAAAUUUAAUUAAAAACCAACCAUGUAGGCUGGCGCCGCGGCUCACUAGGUUAAUCCUCCGCCUUGCGGCGCCGGCACACCGGGUUCUAGUCCCGGUCGGGGCACCGAUCCUGUCCCGGUUGCCCCUCUUCCAGGCCAGCUCUCUGCUGUGGCCAGGGAGUGCAGUGGAGGAUGGCCCAAGUCCUUUGGGCCCUGCACCCCAUGGGAGACCAGGAGAAGCACCUGGCUCCUGCCAUCGGAUCAGCGCGGUGCGCCGGCCGCAGUGCGCCUACCACGGCGGCCAUUGGAGGGUGAACCAACGGCCAAAGGAAGACCUUUCUCUCUGUCUCUCUCUCACUGUCCACUCUGCCUGUCAAAAAAAAAAAAUCAACCAUGUAGAUUUAGUUGCAAUGCAUGGUACUUGGUUUUGAUCAAAUACAAAAUUAUGAGCACCCACUAGGAUGUCCCUUUGAACUUAAAUAAAAGAAAAAAGUUA